CCAUCCAGAAAGUCUUGUCGCACAGACUUUCGGAGACAGCCGGUACGAACUCGUACUAUUUCAUCGCAGCAACAAGACUUGGUGCUGCACCAAACCAAACCAAAUUCAAACCAAGUCAUGGAGAAAGAGACUAUCUGGAUCGACGCCUGGAUUCGAUGGGAUCGCAACUCGAAGGACGUCGUCGAUGAGGACAAGAACCUCGUCGACGACGACGACGAMGAAGAAGAACGGAUCMCCCCCACAGCCGAAUUUUCCUUYGUCUAUAGGCUGCCCUCGCUGAAGAACAGCAGCGACGAUACGCCCCCACGCGAGCUCAGCCUUGCGCUYAGGGGCUUUCCGUCCGAGUCGGAACAGAUCUGGAACUCGACGGGACUGACCCUGUGGCCGUCCUCCCACUAUCUCUGUGAGUACCUCCUCGACCACUACCAAGACCUCCUAGGAAUUCGGAAAGACGGUGUCAAACACGAGCACGAUGGGGAAUGGCAGCCACCCGCAAAACCCAGCGGCAGCYGCACCCUUCGAGCCGUCGAGCUGGGAUCCGGUCUGGGGCGCUGCGGGCUGUUGCUGCACCACAUACUGGCGGCGCACUUCGGAAGCGGCGAUGGCGAGGAAACAGGAGGUAACGGGGAGCAGGAGGGUGCCAUCGGUAGCCGUGUCUACCUGACGGACGGGGACACCGAUGCCCUAGCCCAGCUCCGGGACAACGUGGCCGACAACACCGGCCAAGCCGCCGCCGYCGGCAACGAUGCUUCCGGCCACGAGGUUUCCUGUCACCAGCUCUUGUGGGGGAGGGAGUSCACUGAGGCYUUCUGCGAGCGCCACUGCUCCAMCGGCGACGGUYCCUCGGCCGUGGACCUCGUCUUCGGGUCCGACCUCGUCUACGCUCCGAGGGUGAUCGGGCCCCUCUUCGAGACCGUCCGCGCCCUGCUGGGGCACGGGCGGGGGCGGGGGGCACCGGAACCGGCCACCGCCCCCCUUUCCCCGCCGCCRGUCUUUCUGAUGGCACACUCGGACCGGCGCCAGGGAUCAUCCGUGACGCUGCCGAUGGUCCUCGAGGGGGCCGAGCGCGAGGGCCUGCGCCACGACAUCCUGCAAACGGUGGAACGGGAAGGGAUCUACGUCAUUGCUUUUCGGGCUUUGGCCACCCCCUGACGAUGGAGGAACGAACGAACGAACGAACGACCAACAGAAAGACAAGAAGAAAAGACCGUCCACGCAACUCAUAGGUUUGUGGUCGUGCGGCUCGACAWGCGCAUUCU